CCUCGCCCUCAGCCGGCGCAGCGAUCGCUGGAGGCGGCCACGAGCGCUCGCUCGUUGAUGCCGUUUUGGGGGUGACUCGGCGCGGCGGCGGCAGCGGUGGCUCCUGCUCUAUGGUUGAGGGGGUGCUAGUGGCCGCGGCCGUGCCACACCUGGAGUGAGCGCCUGUGGGGUGGCAAGGCGGGGGGCCAGCGUACCCCGCACGCAGCUCGGGUUUCGGGGCGCUGGAGGAGGCGGCCAAGGCCACGCGGGAGCGGGAGAUGUUGGAGCUGAGGCACCGGGGAGGCUGCUCCGGCCCUGGAGGAGCGGUAGCGCCGCCGCCCCGCGAGGGAGAGGCGGCUGGCGGCGACCACGAAACCGAGAGUACUAGCGACAAAGAAACAGAUAUUGAUGACAGAUAUGGAGAUUUGGAUUCCAGAACAGACUCUGACAUUCCAGAAAUUCCACCAUCCACAGAUAGAACCCCUGAAAUUCUCAAGAGAGCCCUAUCUGGUUUAUCUUCAAGGUGGAAAAACUGGUGGAUUCGUGGAAUUCUUACUCUAACUAUGAUUUCAUUAUUUUUCCUGAUCAUCUAUAUGGGAUCCUUUAUGCUGAUGCUUCUAGUUCUGAGCAUCCAAGUGAAAUGCUUCCAUGAAAUCAUCACUAUAGGUUAUAGAGUCUAUCGUUCUUAUGACCUGCCAUGGUUUAGAACACUAAGCUGGUACUUUCUACUGUGUGUAAACUACUUUUUCUAUGGAGAGACGGUAGCUGAUUAUUUUGCUACAUUUGUUCAAAGAGAAGAGCAACUUCAGUUCCUCAUUCGCUACCACAGGUUUAUAUCAUUUGCCCUCUAUCUAGCAGGUUUCUGCAUGUUUGUACUGAGCUUAGUAAAGAAACAUUAUCGUCUGCAGUUUUACAUGUUCGCAUGGACUCAUGUCACUUUACUGAUAACUGUAACUCAGUCACAUCUUGUCAUCCAAAAUCUGUUUGAAGGCAUGAUAUGGUUCCUUGUUCCAAUUUCAAGUGUUAUCUGCAAUGACAUAACUGCUUACCUUUUUGGAUUUUUUUUUGGGAGAACUCCAUUAAUUAAGUUGUCUCCUAAAAAGACAUGGGAAGGAUUCAUUGGUGGUUUCUUUUCCACAGUCGUAUUUGGAUUCAUUGCUGCCUACGUGUUAUCCAAAUACCAGUACUUUGUCUGCCCAGUGGAAUACCGAAGCGACGUCAACUCCUUUGUUACGGAGUGUGAACCCUCAGAACUUUUCCAGCUUCAGAGUUACUCCCUUCCUCCUUUUCUACAGGCAGUAUUCAGACGGGAAACAGUGAGCAUGUAUCCUUUCCAGAUACACAGCAUUGCUCUUUCAUCAUUUGCAUCUUUAAUUGGCCCAUUUGGAGGCUUCUUUGCCAGUGGAUUCAAAAGAGCUUUCAAAAUCAAGGAUUUUGCAAACACCAUUCCUGGACAUGGAGGGAUAAUGGACAGAUUUGAUUGUCAGUAUUUGAUGGCAACUUUCGUGCAUGUGUAUAUUACAAGUUUUAUAAGGGGCCCAAAUCCCAGCAAAGUGCUACAGCAGUUGUUAGUGCUUCAACCUGAGCAGCAGUUAAAUAUAUAUAAAACCCUGAAGACUCAUCUCAUCGAGAAAGGAAUCCUACAGCCUACCUUGAAGGUAUAACUGGAUCCAGAGAGGGAAGGACUGUCAAUAAGGAAUUCUACAGAAAAGCACUGAGAGAUGACAUUUUAUAAUCAUACAGAGAAAUGGUUGUAAAUGCAAUAGAUUGAAGUUUAGCAGACACAAAUGUUUCUUCUCUGAAAUUACUGUGAAUAUUUAGCAAACACUUACUUGAUCCAAGUUAUGACAUAAGUAGCAAAUUGCUGGCAAAAUACCCUGUACGUUUUCUAAGCUGUAUUUUCUGGUGUUAACUUCCUUCCCCUUGCUAGAUUUCAUGAUUUAAAUGACUUGUAUUUUAAAGACUCAAACACUAUAAAAUUCAUAAAUGGAGAAUGUCAUAAGAUUGUACCUGGCAGUGUGCCCUUUGCGCAAUAUUUACUUCUACACUUGGAGCUGCUCUUAAUUUUAGCAGAAUGUUUUAUAGACGGCACAAUAGGAAGUUAGCUGUACUUGUUCUUCCUCCACUUUUAAUCUGAAGUAUUUCCUGAAGGGCUGAAUUGCAU